GAUUUCAGUUUGAUGACCCAAGUGGUUAAGAAUUGGGAGAAACCUUAAAACCAAAAUAAAACCCCAAAUAAUAAUUUUCUCUCUCCUCUAAUUUUAUACCCCGUACUGUGCAUGCUCAAUUUCUGCAUUUUAGAGUUGGAAUUUGACCAAACUUAUUGAAUCAAAGUUGUAGAUCUCGAAAAGUUAUUGAACUCAGACCCAAAAAUCACUUGAUUUGGAGUUCAGAGCUAUGAGUUAUGGUCUUUGCAAAUUUGGUGUUGCUACCUCCAUUUCUCUCUCCUCUGUUUUAUUCCGACAAUCUGUUGCCCCAAUUAUCUACAACAUGCAAUCCAAUUUUGCUCUUUGUUGCUGAAUCAAAGUUGUAGAUCACUUCGAGCUAAUGAAUUUGGGCACAAAAAUCACUUGAUUUGGAGUUCAGAGCUAUGAGUUAUGGUCUUUUUGUAGAUCACUUCGAGCUAAUGAAUUUGAGCACAAAAAUCGCUCAAUUUGGAGUUCGAAUCUAUGAGUUACGCCUUACACAAGUUCAGUACUACUGCUGUACUUUGUGUUGCGCUGCUGCCGUGAUUGGCUUGCUUGCCUUAUUGCUGCCAUUAUUUUGGUAUUCCUUUGCAUAUGAAGGUAUAAGCUAAUUUUUCUUAAUCCCUCAUCUCCUUUAUUCCAAUUCAAGUGUGGUUCAAUUGGAUUUUAUAUUCUGAUUUUAGAAAUAAACUUGGUUCUCAAUUUUGUUAUUGAUUAGCAAAUACAAUUAUGAUAAGAAUUGUUAAACUUAAAGAUUGAAUAUUUUAUCUUUGUUAUUGGAUUAAAGCUUCUAAUAUGAAGUAAGCAUCUUAAGUAAGUUUAUAAAAAGUGAUUUUAUAAAUUAUGUCGUUUGAUAAUACUCUUUGAAAUCAGAAUGAUGUUAAUUGGAGAUGAAAUUAAUGUUGUGAGUUGGAUUAGUAGAAUGGGUUGUAUAUAUAGGAGUUGUGGUGGUUAGUUCAUGGAAGAGCUUAGAAAGUAUGAGUAAUUCAAUUUGUUUAUCUAAAUUGUUGUGAGGAUGGUUAAUGAUUGUUGUUAUUGUUUUGAGGUCGUUGUUGGAGUAUGUAUAUGGAGACAAUUUAUGAAGUUUGAGCUAUGGUUGGUUAUCCAGAAUGUCGAAUUAUUGGGAAUCGUGUAAAGGGUUCAUUGUUAGUGAUUUGCAGGGUUGAUGUCGAGGUCGUGGAAUAUGAUUAUUGAUCAAGAAGAAGAGUUUUAUGUUAUGAAAUGGUGGGCUGAGGUUAAAGUUAGAUGUUUUGUUUCAAAGUAUUCGUAAUCUGUUAUUUGAUUUUCAAGUUGUGAUAUUGUGGGCCCCUGACCCACAGAUCCAGGAUCGUUUUUAUAGGUUUUGUUUCCGCUGUAAAUAAAUGCAAAUUCGAGGUUUGUUAAGUGUUGAUUGUGUUUUGUGUAUCUUAAGUGUGAUUAGUUAGCAGCUCGGAAGUGCGGGCUGUUACAAAAAGAAUUGCUUCCUUUGCAUGUUUGGAAGGCGAUAACCGAAAUAAGUCAAUUCUUUCGAGACUUGUGUGCGUCCACAAUCAAAGUCAGUGAGAUGAAGCGCUUAGAGAACAACAUCGCUGAGAUCUUAUGCAAGUUGGAAAAAAUCUUCCUCCAUCAUUUUUUAAUUCAAUGGAGCACUUGCCGGUUCACUUGCCUUAUGAAGCAAAAGUUGGUGGCCCCGUCCAGUAUAAAUGGAUGUACCCUUUCGAAAGGUUGCUUAACCACUUAAAACGUAAAGUGGGAAACAAAGCACAUGUUGAAGGUUCAAUAUGCAAUGCCUACGUAACUGAGGAGAUAGCGAACUUCUGCUCCAACUACUUUCAGCCCGGGGUUGACACAAAAUCAAGGGACUUAGGAAGAAAUGUCAAUCCUGAUGUCGCUAGCACACAUGGUCUUGGUGUCCCCGAGUUGUUCAGGGAAGACUGCGGUCGACCGGGAACAGAUGGACGUUUGCGAUGGUUGCAAGACAAGGAGUACGAUCGAGCACAUCUUUACGUACUUGCAAACAGUGGCAUCUUAAGUGAUUAUGAAAGGCGAUUCGAGGAUUAUAUUGUCAAUUCAAGACCGAACAUUGCUAAGGAUGAUGUAUGGAGCAAAUGCGAAGCCGAGUUCCCUAGUUGGUUCAAGACAAAUGUCCUUGGUGCCAUGACAUGUGACGAUGUCACUCAAGUUCUUACUAUGGGUCCUUCCAGACAAGUGAGAACGUGGAAUCAGUUCUUUGUGAAUGGAUAUAACUUUCAUACACAGGAAUAUGGCAAGAAUAAGUCAACUAUGAACUAUGGUGUAUGUGUACAAGCUGCUGAUAGAGCUGAUUACUUUGGCAUUUUGGAGGAGGCUAUUGAACUGGUGUACCAUGGUAAUUUGGCUGUUUAUAAGACAAUUUGGUUCAAGUGCAAUUGGAUGGACUCGGACAAGGGUAUGAACAUUCAUGAACAGUACAAACUUGUGGAAGUCAAUCACACCAAGAAAUACCCAAAAUAUGAUCCGUUUGUAUUGUCGUACCAAGUUAGCCAAGUUACUACGCGCCGUAUCCCAGUCUUAGGAGGGAUAAAGUGCAAUGGUGGGCUAUGUUUAAAACGAAGGCAAGGUCCGAAGUUGAUGCCCCGGUUGAUUUGGAUGUUCUCCAGGAGGAAAGAGUUGAUACCGCUGCAGUUCUUUGUGCUCCGGAUGAGAUACCAGAUUAUGAUGCUGGUGACGACAACAAUAAUGAUGAGAUCAUGAAAUUUAGGGCGCCGAAUGAACAAGGAGAACCAAGUGAUUAUGAAAACAGCAACGAGACUGGUGAUUUGACUGACGAUGAUGAUGACGAGGAUGAUUUGUUUGAUGACGUUUAGUGUAUUUUGUUACCUUAUGUAGUUUGCUUUUGUUGUAAGACAAUAUGUUUGUCAUUUUAUCGCUAGUGCAGACCUCUAUGUGUAAGAAAUAUUAUUUAUUUUUAUUAUAUGUGUUUUAGUCA